GUUUCGGACGUGGUGUCGAGAACAAGUGUGAAGGAAAGGUCCAUUGCCCAGGCUGGUGGACCCAGGCUGGUGGACUGCUUUGUGCUUUGUCGUGGUUCUGGUUCGUGGCCUUCAAGCUUGAUACUGCGUUCAACAACAGGCUGGGGGCUUAAAUGACUAUUCCACUGGAAGAGUAAUGCCCCUUGCUUGACUCGCGCUUGGCGUAUCUUGGCGUAGCUCGGCGUAGCUCUGCGUUGGUGCAUCGUACAAGAUGGGCAACUGCCUAAAGGGCUCCACCACAGACGAUAUUUCGCUACUGAGAGGUAGUGACAGAGGCGACGCGGGGCGAGAGUCAACAUCCAGCGAUCAUAUGGGCCCCAUCGGCAUCGGCAUGGGCCCCCCGCCAGUGUACCAAGAAAAUGUGAAUGUCCCCUCGAUGCCAGUGUACUACCCUUCGCCCAACCUAUGCCGUCCCGUGAGUUUCCUGACGGAGGAGGAGCAGGUCAAGAUAGCCAAACGGGCAGGCCUCAUCCAGCACCUGCCCUCUGGGGCCUACGACGGCUGCAAAAAGAACAGGGAAUGUGUCAUCUGCAUGAUUGAGUUCAUGGUGGGAGACCCUGUGCGCUAUCUGCCCUGUAUGCACAUCUACCAUGAAAAGUGCAUUGAUGACUGGUUAAUGCGCAGCUUCACCUGUCCGUCCUGUAUGGAGCCUGUCGAUGCAGCUCUGCUCACCAGCUACGAGACCAAUUGUAGUUAAAUCGGAUUUGCUGAACAAGUUACCAAUUGCCUCUGGCGAUGUUGCAGGUUUUGAUAAGCCCUUCUGCGAACAUAUCCUGUUUCAUCCCCAUAAGCAACGUGAACCUGUGUGCUGUAUGCUUGGCUUUACUUUCACCAGGCUUUGUUUUCUUUGUGCAGUACCCUGUUUAGAGUGAAAGGCACGCUGACUUUGUACUGCUGUGGUCAAAUUUUAGUAGUUGUUGACAAUGUUUAAUUAAUUUUUUGUUUCUUGAAUCUGCAAAUUGGAGAGUCUGAAAUUAUUUCAACGCUGUUUCAGUUGUUUUUGUCCUUGGACUCUGGCAGGCUGUUUAAUGCCCUAAUUAAGAUGAUUGCUCUGAACAAGUGAACACUGAUUUUCUUAUGAAGCGCAGGUUCAUUUUUCAGAUGGCAUUCAAAUUUGUGAAGAACUAUGCCCCUGCAAGCUUCAUCUUUUUGCAAUCUGUGAUGUUUUAGUUUUUUAUUUUUAUGGUUCCUUGACUUAAAGAUCCCUGUGUUAAUGCAUCAUGUUUCCUGAGCUGCUUGCCGGAACGAUUAUAGUCUGAGCUAAAAUGUGCACCCAUAUCUACACUAUAAUUUCAUUGGUGAAUGUAGCCUUUCCUUUAAGUCAUACUUAUCUUGAUUAUGACAUGCUUUAAGAUGGGGUAUGGUUGCCAGAUAUUUAGUAUGGCUUUCUGUUUAUGAAAGGCAUUGUAUUCAGGCAGCCUGUUCUAUAGAAUGGCUGUAUCUUUAAUUUCCGGUAGUGUGAGGUUUAAGGAUAGAAUCAAGAUAAGGAUAAUUUAUGGUUUAAAUAUUUGUUUAUCUCAAGGUAUAGUUUAGUCCCCUGAUUUAAGUCACAUUGCUUUCCAAUUUUAUGACCACAUCACGUGCUAUUAGAUUUUUAAUUUCUCCAACACUUCGACAUGAAAAUUGUCCGUACAUUUUAUCUUUCUUGCCUUUACUUUGCAUUUUAUCUUGUUGACCCUUGUUUUAAAAAUCUGAUUCAACCUUAAUUCCUAAUGAACUACUUAACCAGAAAUGUUGAAAAAAAAAAACAGAUGCCACUCAAAGUUUUUAUUUGAUGGAGGCAGUGUGCCAGUUUGCGGCGCAUUAUUUAAAAAUUAGUGUGACCUUCUUAGUCUGACCAUGUUUGUAAUUUUACCGCUUGAACCUCAAGGUUUUAGUUCUCUUUUGUAUGUAAGGAGACAGAUUGAAAAUCUCUUUUUGAUGCUAUUCUGAAAGUGACUUCAUUCAGAAGCAUGGAGAAUGGACUUUCUUUGUGACUGACAGCCCUCAUAUUUUCUGUCUUAUAUUUUAAACACUGUAUGCUCACAGAUGGCUUAAUGCUGUUUCUCUGUUGCAUACUUAAAUUUGUGUUUCAACUUCAGAAAGUAUGGUAAUUGUCACAUGACAAUAACACUGUUCUUAUUUUAUGAACUAAAAUCAAAAGACAAGGCCGUGUUGGUAAGUGCUUUUCUCUGACGGAUUCUUGUGAAGUCAGAUCUGUAUCAUUGCAUUGUCCUUGGGCUGGUUUUUGGAAUAGACUUGUGUAUGUUGGAUCUCAUUGCAAACUGUCAUCAAGUAGAAAUAUUACCUAUCCUCAUUAUGAGCAUGGUAACAUCAAUAAUUUCAUCCAACAAAGAGAGUAAUAUGGUAUCCUGUCACAUUGUAGUGAAGCCUCGGAACAUAGUUUAAAUUUACUGACAAAGAAAAAACAUACAGGCCAAUAGUACAGACUAAUUGUUCUGUAGUUCUCAACAGAAAACUGUACUUAAAAUUCCAAAUGCUUAGCAUGCUUUUAAUUUAUGCUGCAUUCAAACUUGUGAUAUUGGUAUUGUGUGACAUGAUUAUAUGAAUGGUCACUGUAGUGUCAUACCUAGUGUCCUCUUAACUGUGGUAGUUUUUUCAGACACACAGCUCUUGAUAAGUGGCUCGGCUGUUAAUUUUGAAAUGAUAGAGAUUGUGUAGUUAACAAAUAUGUGAAGUGAAUGAAUAGUUAUAAGUGAUGGAAUAUCAUUCUUCCUGUUACUAUUAGCAUUAACUCAAAGGGCUCUGUAGACUCUCAUGAGCAUCUCACAGCUGUCUCAUUAAAAUUUUGGUUUUUCACAAAUUUUUAUAAUUGCUUGCAAAAACUGUAGCUUUUUCCCUACUUGAGUUUUCUUUCUUGUAAUUCGGUCUUUAUUAUUUCCAACAUCAUUUAACCAAAUACUGGCUGUAUUAUCAGCACUAUCCAAUUAGUUUCUUCCCUGCUCGAUUACUGAAUGGUGACUUUUACCAAAGCACAUAGUACUGAUGUUUCAUUUCCUUCUUCACAUUAAGAGAUUCAAACUUUCCUGAUUUUUCCUUUACAUUGAUGUAAAUUACUGCCAGAGCACUUGGCUCGGUAUAGGCUAGCUGCUUGCCUUUGUCAUUAGUUGAAGGGCAUUGAAUGAGCAGUUGGUAUUUAGAUUAACAUAAGGGUUUAUUGUUCACAGGCACUCAUGUAGUACAUUUACUAUCAUAACCAAACUUUUGUAUUUUAACAAAUUGUGCUUGUUUUUGUUACAUCACAAGACAUAUAUGGUUUUAAAAACGCAUAAGAAAUUUUGGAGAGAAAUGAAAUUAUUGCAAACAGACUUUUGCACCUAGUGAGCUGUCAGGUCUUUUUAUGCUUGAGUUCCUUUUGUUUGUUCUUAAGUUUCUGUUGCAAUUCUUUUAUAGAUUAAUUUUGUAACCUUACAUAUAUUUUUCUUACUUCUGGUUAACAAAUUGGUUUUAAAAGUUGAUGGCACAUGUCUUGCAUCACAAAAUAAGUUUCUUUUUCAUCACUGCUUUGUUGCUGAUAAUUAUUUGAAGUGGUUACCAUGUUAUAAGUUUAAAUUAACCCUUAAGUCCCGUACUAUCUGUUUGUUUUCCAUUUAUAUACAGCCACAUAAAACUAUUCCUGCCCCUUGGCUGAUACUUUGGUAAAAUUUGAAGUUUUGUUCACAUUUCAUCUUGGUAAGGUUUAUUAAUUUUCCCUUUUCUAAUUAAAGUUACAGUCAUGUCACUUGUAAAGCUAUAUCAUAUCUGGUGUAGGUACCAUUCACAAAUCUGGACUCCUUAUUUGGUUUUACCUCCUUUCCUUUUUUACUAGAAAAUUCUGUGAUGGAAAUGAAAGAAAGAAAAUGGUGUGAAUGUAGUUUUGUUUUAAGGAUGACACUAGUCUAUGCUGAUGCGAUAUUUUACACUGCGGGUCUUCUUGCAUCCAUAAGCCAUCGCAGUCUGUUUGUGUAUGUAUGAAAAAAAUCAAAGAACUUCUGGAAUGAUGAAGUUCUUGUGUAAAUGUGAUAAGUGUGAUUUUAUGUGUUUACUUCACAGUAAAUGUAAGUUGUGAUGAAAAGUUGACAGAGUAGUUUGUGUCUCCUUUGCCAAUGUUUCAACUCGUUGCCAAACAUUGAAGAUGUAAUAUUUGUUGAGAUUGAGGACUAACAUGGUAUUGAAAUUUGAAAUGAGAAUGGUAGAUUUUUUUUUAAGUUUUUGCCUCAGAUAAUUUGUUUAAUGUUGGUGCUUAUCUUUAUUGCCUUUUCCCCUAUGUUAUAUGUUUCAGAAUCAAUUGUGUUAAUUAUUAUGAAUGAAAUAUUAUGGAUAUAGAAGUACUAAGUAUAUUUUUGUAGCUGCCAAGCUUGCAUCCAAGUGUAUUUCCAGUGGAAGGAGUGCAAGAAUUACUUUACGCUGUGGAGAUUAAAAUGUAUCAAAGCCAAUAAAAUUUUACUUCAAAAUUGAAA